GGAGUUAAGACAGACAGCACUGCACUGUACAGUUGCAACAUGUCUUGGUUAAAGUAUGGGUUUGCAGUCUGUCUGUAUUUACUACAAUGUACCGACGCUGUGUUUGAAGAUCAAGUGGGAAAGUUUGAUUGGAGGCAGCAGUACGUGGGCAAUGUGCGAUUCGCCUUCUUUGAGACUCAUUCCCAAGCAUCAAAGAAGCUCUUGGUCGCAACAGAACAGAAUAUAUUUGCCUCGUUGAACUCCAGAACAGGGGAAUUAUUCUGGAGGCAUGUGGAUAAAACUGGACCAGAGGGAAACAUAGACACUCUUCUUGUCCAUGGGCAAGAUGCUGUUGUGGUUGUUGGAAACGGACGCCUCAUGCGUUGCUGGGAAACCAAUAUUGGGGGUCUGAACUGGGAAGUCGUGUUGGACCCUGGAAAUUUUCUGACUGCAGCAUUUGUUGGCGUUCAAGACCACGUGAAAUAUGUGGCUGUCAUCAAACAAUCAGCCAUUUCAUUCCACUAUCUCUCCAAUGGCCACCAGAAGUGGAUUGAAAACCUCCCCGACAGUGACACGGUACAGUAUCAAACUGUAUACUCAGACGGUCAAGGAGAGGUCUUGGUCCUGGGUGUUGUCCCUAAUUCCCACAUCGUUGUUAUCGCAUACAAUAUUGAAGAUGGAGAAAUUAUGAAGCAGACCUCAGUGGAGGCCCCAUGGAUGUCCAGUCUGGAGGAGAGCUGUGUGGUGGUGGGAGAGGGUGUCCUGCUUUGCGUAGACCCAAUCACCAUGUCCCUCUACACUCUGCCACUCAACUCAGAAACAAUGGCUGACAUGAACCAAAUCCUCUUGCAGUCUCUGGACCUGGAAGUGGCUGCCGGUUUCCAGCCCGUGCUCACUGCCACCCAGCCCAACCCUGCGCACCCUCCCCUGGCUUCCUUCUUCCUGCAGCUGGGGCCUGAGCACCACAUCCUGCUGAACCUCAACGACAACGGCAUCAUCACCACCCUCAGGGACUUCAAACCGUCAAGGCUUGCUGCAUUCGCUACCAGUGGGGAGAAGACGGUAGCCGGAGUCAUGACGCCCAAAAACGAGACUGCAUGCAGCAUCAAUCUCUUCACCAUUGACACGGGCCGAAGACUGCUGGACACCACUGUCAUUUUCCACCUGGAGCCCAAUGGUGGGAAACCAAGUAACCUGUACAUUCAGGCCUUUUUGAAGAAAGAUGAUUCUGUGGGCUACAGAGCCAUGGUGCAGACAGAAGACUUUGCGCUCACCUUCUUACAACAGCCUGGUCGAGUGGUGUGGUCAAGGGAAGAGGCGUUGGCUGAGGUGGUUACCAUGGAAAUGGUUGACUUGCCGCUAACGGGAACCCAGGCUGAGCUCGAGGGAGAGUUUGGAAAGAAAGCUGAUGGCCUUCUUGCCAUGGUGCUGAAGCGCCUGUCCUCCCAGCUCAUCCUGUUACAGUCAUGGAUUGGCCACCUGUGGAAGCUUUUCUACGACGCCCGCAAGCCCCGCAGUCAGGUGAAGAACGAAAUCACCAUCGAGACGCUCUCUCGGGACGAGUUCAACCUGCAGAAGAUGAUGGUCAUGGUGACAGCUUCUGGAAAACUCUUUGGUAUCGACAGCAAAUCCGGAAGCAUCCUGUGGAAACACUACCUGGAGAACAUCCAGCCCAACUCAGCCUUUAAACUGAUGGUGCAGCGCACCACUGCACACUUCCCGCACCCACCUCAGUGCACCCUGCUAGUCAAGGAUCAGGAGACGGGUCUGGCAUCCCUUCAUGUGUUCAAUCCCAUUUUUGGAAAGAAGAGUCAAAUCAGCCUACCAACUUUGCCGCGACCAGUGCUUCAGUCGCUGCUUUUGCCCCUGAUGGAUCAGGACUAUGGGAAAAUCCUUCUGCUCAUCGAUGACCAAUAUAAGGUCACAGCCUUCCCGUCCAAUAAGAAUGUGCUGCAGCAGCUUCAGGAGGCAGCCUCCUCUAUCUACUUCUACCUGGUGGACUCCAGCCAGGGGAGACUAUCCGGCUUCCGCCUCCGCAAGGACCUGUCCACAGAGCUGAUCUGGGAGGUGGUCAUCCCUGUGGAGGUGCAGAAGAUCGUGGCGGUGAAAGGGAAGCGGCCCAACGAGCAUGUUCACUCGCAGGGGCGUGUCAUGGGAGACCGUAGUGUGCUCUACAAGUACCUGAACCCCAACCUGCUGGCGGUGAUCACGGAGAGCACGGACUCCCACCAGGAGCGCAGCUUUGUGGGCAUCUUCCUCAUCGACGGGGUGACGGGACGCAUCAUCCACGAGGCCGUGCAGAGGAAGGCGCGGGGACCCGUACACUUCGUGCACUCUGAGAACUGGGUGGUGUAUGAGUACUGGAACGUCAAGGCGCGUCGUGUGGAGUUUUCUGUGCUGGAGUUGUUUGAGGGCAUGGAGCUGUACAACAGCACAGUGUUCAGCUCGCUGGACCGGCCCCACCCGCCCCACGUGCUGCAGCAGUCCUACAUCUUCCCCUCCGCCAUCAGCACCCUGGAGGCCACCCUCACGGAGAAGGGCAUCACCAGCCGACACCUGCUGGUGGGGCUUCCAUCAGGUGGCAUCCUGUCCUUACCAAAGAUGUACCUUGACCCCAGGAGACCUGAAGGGAACCUUGAGCAAAGCAGGGAGGAGAAUCUGAUUCCAUAUGCACCGGAGUUGCCCAUUCGAACUGAAUGGUUCAUAAACUACAACCAAACUGUGUCAAGAGUGCGAGGAAUAUUCACUGCCCCCUCUGGUCUGGAGUCUACAUGCCUGGUGGUGGCCUAUGGGCUGGACCUCUUCCAGACGCGCGUGUACCCGUCCAAACAGUUCGACGUACUGAAGGACGACUAUGACUACGUGCUCAUCAGCAGCGUGCUGCUGGGGCUCUUCUUCGCCACCAUGAUCAGCAAGAGGCUCGCCGAGGUCAAGCUCCUCAACCGAGCAUGGAGGUAGAAAAAAAAAGUUGCCAGCCACUUCCUGUGUGUGCAUAGGCACUGCCACUAGGGCCCUCAAGUCAUUUGUCAAUUAUGUGGUUCCAAUGCCUGGAGACUUACAGAGGCACAUCUGAACGCUGCAAGAAGAAGGACUAAUGUGUGUUGAUGAUUGUGAUUACGAACAGGGCUUACUUGUGGACUUGACUGCAUUUCGAAUGAUGUCUCUUGACGGAUGGCUUAUGCGUAUGGGAGACACUUAACACCUUAAUGCCAGUCCAUGGUUUGUUAGAUACUUUUUUUUUUCUUUUUUUUUUACACCUUUUUCAAUGAGCCUACAUUGAUGUUUAUUUACGUUCAUGUGUCUUGUGCCUUUCAAGAUGCACUGUUUUGACAUUCAACAUGGACACAACACGAGUACCUUCCUCACAGGACAAUUAAAAAAAAACAUGCAACGUAAAAAGGGUACAAAAGAGGGGAAAGAGGGUGUGGUGCUCUUGUGUGCAUGACAUGGAUAAAAGAUCCUCACAAGAUUCUGUUGUUCCAGAAUAUAGAACCAAGGAUUUUUGACAUGUUGUGUCUAUUGUUUUUGUUUGUUUGUUUAUAUUUGUUUUGUUUUUAGUGAUUAUUUUAUGGAACUGGUACGGGGGAUGUCUUCCGGAGUAGAUGGAGAACUUCCGUAGAAGUUAUCUUGAAUUGAUAUUUAUGUUACUUUUGCAUUUGUUGUUAGAGGCUAAUUUGAUGUAAUUUUUUUUUUUUUUUAAAGAUGAGAUGAGCUGAAGUAAUUUGUCUUGACCGUUUGGUCUGAUGCACUGGAUGUUUUUGUUUGUUUGUUUCUUGUCUUAAAAACCUAUGCUAUGAACGGUCAUGGUUUCCCCUAUGGAACAUCUUUGUGUGUGUAAAUAGUAUUUAUGAUGCUUUCAAGAUCGCUUAAAACAUACAUAAUUGCACACACAGAUGGUCUUUUUGUGUGUUUAAUAUAUAAUGUUGGUAAUGCUUCAAAGUUGAUGUACUAUAUAAAAUGACUAAUGAAAGCCUUUUAUAAACUCAAUUUGGAGAAAGUAGGUUUAUAAUAAUAAAUGCAAUUAAUUUUAUGGAAUAAAAAGAUAUCCAUGUUUCCCUAAGUAAACGGUGCAGUUUUUGGAAAAUCACUUUUGAUUUUAUUGCUGGAAUGUACCAGAAGAAAAUAAAGGCAGAUUUUAACCUCUAA